AUGGGUCCACCAUCAGCUUUGCUCGGUGAUCUCCAGCAGCGGCCAGAAGACUUCAAAGCCGUUCCCGAGGACCCUUGUAAUAUAGCUAUAUAUGAAGCUCCACGAGACAGUGAACUACCAACAGUGCAUGGACGAUUGCUGUUCCAGAAGCCUGCUGUUCCAGUGGGGUUGUUGCCUCCAUCACUGCAUUGGCUUGAUAGCAAAGGAGAGAAGUCAGUUUUCCAAAUCGCCCUUGGCAGUGAAGUGAAUCUGAGUGAAGAUUCCAUGCACCAGUUGGCAUUUGGAAUAGAGAAAUCCAACUUACCCUAUAUUUGGGUAGUAAGGAAACUCCCAGCGGGUGAAGGACAGAUGGAUGACAUAAUCCCUCCAGAGUUUGAAGAACGAGUUUCUAACAGCGGCCUGGUGUUGAGGGAUUGGGAACCUCAUUCAGUAAUCGAGGCACUCAAGUUCGGCCGGGCUUUGAUAGUGUUUUCUGGGGCAAGUGCGGAUCAGGGGUUGAACGCUAGGUUGCUGCAUGGGAGGAAGGUUGGGUUAGAAAUAGAGAGAAAUGAAACGGACGGUUCAUUUACAAGCGACUUGGUGGCCGAGACGAUUAGACAAGUGAUGAUGGAACCAAAAGGAGAGGCGAUUAGGGCAAAUGCGUGGGCAAUGAGAGAGAUUUUCGACAAUGAAGAGUUGAGUAAGAACUGCUUGGAUGGAUUCACUUGGAUCAUCGAAGAAUUUGCACCUUCAGCUUGCCAUAGUCAGGUUUAA